AGCGUAAGACAAAAGUAAAGAGACCGAACGGAAGAGAUCUAAAAACCAAAACCACUGCUCCAGUCCAUUCAUGUCUUAACACACUGCAGAGAAAAUGGAUCGAUUACUGAAAGCUGCAAGAGCCUCGGGUUCUCUCAACUUAUCCAAUCGAUCUCUCAGAGAUGUUCCAGAAGAGAUCUACAGAAGCUUGGAUUCUCUAGGGGAGGAUGAAAAAUGGUGGGAGGCUGUGGAGCUACAAAAGCUGAUUUUGGCACAUAACAAUAUCGAGUCACUGAAAGAAGACCUGAGGAAUUUAUCUUUAUUGACUGUGUUGAAUGUUAGUCACAAUAAGCUUACAGAUCUUCCAGCUGCGAUAGGAGAGCUUUCUAUGCUGAAGUUGUUGGAUGUGUCUUUUAACUCUAUAGUGGAAAUUCCGGAGGAAAUUGGCUCUGCAACAUCUUUGGUCAAGUUUGAUUGUUCAAAAAAUCGUAUCAAGGAGCUUCCGUCCUCACUUGGAAAAUGUUCAGAUUUAUCAGACCUAAAGGCAUCAAAUAAUUUACUAACAAGCUUGCCUGAAGAUCUUACGAACUGUUCGAAAUUGACAAAACUAGAUGUGGAGGGGAACAAGCUAAAAGCUUUACCUGAGAAUUUGUUCGCAUCAUGUACAAUGCUUACGGAACUCAAUGCAUCAAAGAACUUGCUGAGUGGUAUACCAGAGAACAUUGGAUGCCUUACACGUCUCAUCCGUCUUGACCUUCACCAGAAUAGAAUUUCGUCAAUCCCACCAUCAAUAGCGGGUUGCUCUUCUCUAGCUGAAUUCUAUAUAGGGAAUAAUGCACUGUCAACGUUAUCCGAGGAAUUAGGUGGUCUUUCUCGUUUAGGGACAUUGGAUCUUCACUCGAACCAGCUGAAGGAAUAUCCAGUCGGAGCAUGCAAGUUAUCUCUGUCAGUUUUGGAUCUUUCUAAUAAUUCGUUGACCGGACUUCCUGCUGAGCUUGGCAAGAUGACGACUCUUCGAAAACUUUUGCUCACCGGCAACCCUUUACGAACUCUAAGAAGUUCACUGGUUACGGGACCUACACCUGCCUUACUGAGAUACCUUAGAAGUAGACUUUCUGAGACUGAAGAUUCGGAAACUAAAUCUCCUGCCAAAGAGGAAAUAGUCACUAUGGCAGCUCGAUUGUCCGUCACUUCAAAGGAGCUUUCAUUGGAGGGAAUGGGUUUAAGUGCUGUCCCAUCUGAAGUAUGGGAAUCGGGUGAAAUCCUAAAACUCAAUCUUGCCAAAAAUUCUAUCCAAGAGCUGCCAGUUGAACUCUCCUCAUGUUUAUCCCUCCAGACUUUGAUUUUAUCUAGGAACAAUAUUAAGGACUGGCCGGUUGCAAUUUUGAAGUCACUUCCAAAUCUCUCUUGUUUGAAGCUGGAUAAUAAUCCCCUAAGACAGAUUCCAUCCGGUGGAUUCCAAGCAAUGUGUAUGCUCCAGAUAUUAGACAUAAGUGGCAACCCAGGUUCUUUACCCGAAAAUCCUACAUUUUCCAGCUUACCACAAUUGAAGGAGCUUUAUUUGAGACGGAUGCAUCUACGAGAAGUCCCAGCAGAGAUAAUGAGUUUACGCCAACUGCAAAUCCUAGGCUUGAGCCAAAAUUCCCUUCAGUCAAUCCCUGAGGGAUUAAAAAACCAUAUAUCUCUCACUGAGCUGGACUUGUCUGACAAUAACAUUUCUUCUCUUCCUCCAGAGCUGGGUCUACUUGAACCAAACCUCCAAGUUUUGAGACUUGAUGGCAAUCCAUUGAGAAGCAUCAGGAGGCCAAUUUUAGACAGAGGAACCAAAGCUAUUCUGAAGUAUUUGAAAGACAAACUUCCAGCAGAGCAAUAAGGACAGCAUGCCACUGCCAUUUACUAUUGCCUGAAAGCUUGAUCUCAAGUAGUGAAGCGUUUGAGUUUCUGGGUGGGGAGAAUGUAAAAUAUAACAAGUAGUCGAUAAUUGAACUUUGGAUCGAUCGGAUUGUUUUUUUUUUGGGGGUUAUGAUUAAACAGAGGAUACAACUCCAGUUUGCUGAUGAACAAUGUAUGAAAGACGCAUGAUUAAAUAAUGGCAUAAAAAGGGAGGAAAA